CUGCAACCGUGUUCAGACGCUGAUCUGGAGCUCCAGACAUGCCGAAGAUCAGCCGGAGAGCGGCGCGGCGCAGCGGGCAGGAGGAGCGUCUGCAGCGGGUCAGCUCUGCCUCUUCACCCGCGACUCAGCGCUCCGGGUCCCCGCAGGAGAUUGAGCAGGAGGAGCGUCUGCAGCGGGUCAGCACUCUCUCCAGCUCCGGGUCCCCGCAGGAGUUCUUCCAGAGCCUGAUCCGCCCGCUGGACCUGCAGGAGUUCUUCCAGCGGUUCUGGGAGAGACAGCCGCUGGUGCUGCACCGCUCGGACGCGGCUCUGGCCGGUUAUUACGGCUCUCUGUUCCCACUGUCGGGGCUCCGGCGGCUCUGCGCCCGCGGCCUGCAGUACGGCACCGACAUCAACACCUGCCGCUGCGUGCGCGGACAGAAGCGGCUGCUAAACCGAGCUGGAGCCGUCGACUUCUGUCUGCUGGAGAGAGACUUCCUGGAGAAGAAGGCCACCAUACAGUUCCACCAGCCGCAGAGGUUUCAGGAUGAGCUGUGGCGUAUCCAGGAGCGUCUGGAGUGUUUCUUCGGGUGUCUGGUGGGCUCUAAUGUCUACAUCACCCCUGCCGGCGCCCAGGGGCUCCCCCCGCACUACGAUGAUGUGGAGGUGCUGAUCCUGCAGCUGGAGGGACAGAAGCACUGGAGACUCUAUGAGCCCACCGUCCCGCUGGCGCGCGAGUACAGCCUGGAGCCCGAGGGCCGCAUCGGGGCCCCCACACACGACUUCAUCCUGCAGGCUGGAGAUCUGCUGUAUUUUCCCAGAGGAACCAUCCACCAGGCGGACACUCCAGCAGGAGCAGGACACUCCACACACCUGACCCUCAGCACCUACCAGAACAUGUGUGUGUGUGCAGUCCACAACGUCACACACACACACACACACACGCUACAGAAUGUGUUAGUGCUGCAUUCAUUCAUUGUGUGCGUGCGUGCGUGCAGGUCGUGGGGGGAUCUGCUGCUGGACCUGAUGCCCGGUUGUGUGUUUGACCGUAUGAAGACUGACUGUGAGCUGCGCACCGGCCUGCCCCGCGGCCUGCUGACGACCCCCAGUAUCUCUCCAGCGGUCAGUCAUCAGCUCAGUGUGUUCCUGCAGCGUCUGGCCGAUGUUGUGGAUCACCAGGGUCAGACUCUGCGCUCCAGCUCCAUGAGGAGAGACUUCAUCUCCCACCGGCUGCCCCCGUUCGUGCAGGACCCUCAGCUGCUGCAGCCCGUGGGUGGAGCUCCAGCGCUGCAGGACACUGUGAGUCUCCGCUUUAAAGAUCAUCUGCUGCUGACGGUGGAGCCCAGUCCAGACCACACCGACGAGGCCACUGAGCUGCUGGUGUAUGUUCUGCACUCUCUGAGGAACCGCAGGGACACACACAUGAUGAUGGGAGCGUCUGAUGAAGAUGAGGAUGACGAAGAGUCUCAGGUCGGGGGUCUGCGUUUCCCGCUCAGUCAUCUGGAGGCUCUUCAGCAGCUGCUGGUCAGUGAUAGAGUCCCGGUGGAGGAUCUGCAGCUCCAGCAGGAGGACAAACUCAAUCUGCUGCUGGCUCUGUGGAGCGAAGGCCUGCUGCGGGUCACUGGAGCCCUGGAGAACCACCACUGAGACAUGAAGCGUGUGUGUUCUGCUGAGCGCCGUUACGCUGUCAGUAGUGUGUGUGAGGGGUUAUAUGUGGGUUUGAUUCCUCUCCUGAUAUCCACCUGCAGGACGGGUGACACUGGACUAUAAUAACUCUGAGCAGUCGAGCUGAUGUCCUGCAGAUUCAGCCUGUUCACACACACACACACACAGUCUUCCUGUACAGUAAAGAGUGUGUAUAGCAGCGCUCAUCUGCUGUGUGUGAGUGUGAAUGCUCGAGUUGAGUUUAGCAGGGCUUCUCUUUGUGUGUGUGUGUGUGUGUUUUACACACUGAACACACUCUUUCUCUCUGUGUUUUCUAUCAGUAUGAACUGUACAGCUGUUCCUCAUUAAAGCAGAGACUCUUCAA